AUGAACCAAGUCAAUUCUCUGGAGAAUUCUAUAAAAUUAUUCGGAAGAUACUCUUACGACGACAUUGAAGUAAACGACGUCUCUAUGAAGCCGUACAUAAACGUGCACACGAGAGUGUCAGUUCCACACACGGGGGUAAGCUACUGCAAAAAACAGUUUGAGAAGGCUGCAAUGCCUCUUACCAUGCGCCUUGCCCACGGCCUUAUGAGACACGGGAGAAACACGAGCAAGUCCAUCCUGGUGCUGAAGGCCGUGCGAGAUGCCUUCGUCAUCGUGGAAAGACUCACCAAAAAGAACCCAAUCCAGAUCCUGGUUGACGCGUGCAUCAACGCAGGCCCCAGGGAGUCAACAGCCCGUGUCGGAAAGGGGGGAUCUGCGAAAAGGUCUUCUGUUGACGUCUCGCCCAUGAGGAGGCUGAACCUCGCGCUUGCAUACUUGACUGCAGGCAUGCGAAAGGCCGCGUUUAAGAACACAAAGACGCUCCCAGAGACGAUUGCAGACGAGCUUAUUGCAGCCUCGCGGGGAAACCCAAACUCGUACGCCGUCAAGAAGAGAGACGAAAUCGAGAGAGUUGCUAAGUCCAGCAGAUAA